UGCAGGCCGAGACGCAUCCAGAGCGUUUGUGACUGGGGACUACUCUGAAGCAGGCCUUGUGGAUGAUGUAUCUGACUUGUCAUUUUCUGAGAUGCUGACACUUCAAAAUUGGCUAUCGUUCUAUGAGAAGAAUUACGAAUUUAUUGGAAGGGUGAUUGGAAGGUUCUAUGGAAAGGAUGGGCUCCCCACCUCAGCACUAACCCAGGUAGAAGCCAUGAUUGCCAAAGGCUUGGAGGCAGACAAACAGGAACUGAAAGAGAAGAAGAAGUUUCCACCAUGUAACACGGAGUGGAGCUCAGCCAGGGGCAGCAGGUUCUGGUGUUCCCAAACGAGUGGAGGCGUGAGCAGAGACUGGACUGGUGUCCCCAGGAAGCUGUACAAGCCAGGUGCCAAGGAGCCCCACUGUGUGUGUGUGAGAACAACCGGUCCCCCUAGUGACCCAGCACCGGACAACCCUACACACAGAGAUCGUGGGGACUUGGACCACCCCAACUUGGAGGAAUAUACAGGCUGCCCACCCCUGGCCAUUACAUGCUCUUUCCCACUCUAAGCUGGUGCCCUACCUGUCGAUAACCCAUAGAGAAGCCUAAUGAGCCCUGACUCAUGUGCACUAGGAUGACUCCUGACAUCGAACAAGGGGGCCUGGAAGGACUCUGGCCUCGGCAAAUGUGGCCCAUGACCCUCACCAGCGGCUCGCCAUUCUGGUGACCAAGGCCAGAGCUCGGCAACUCGCCUGGUACUGGUCAGCCCGUUUUUGCCACUGUUCCCUCAGAUCUACUUGCCAUCCUCCUUCAGAGCCCUCGAAUGUUAAUGAACACAAAUAUGACCAACUCAAAACUAACUGGACAGACAAGCAACGGGCUGUAAGCUCCAAUCCUUCCCAUGGACUCUCAGGCUGCCAGAUCGGCUGCUGGCCUCAUCAGGGGCACUGGCAAAGAGGACUACAUCACUCUCUUACAACUCGGAAACAAGAGGAGACAUCCAGAAAAGACCAAAAAUGAAUGAAUGAAUGAAUGAAUGAAUAAAUAAAUAAAACAUACUCUCUUCCAUCCCCGAUGGCUAAACUUGUUA